AACAGCUGUUUGCACAUGAUAAACAAAACACAAAUAAUUUGUUGGAAAAACUUCUGAAGAGGUUAAAUAAACAGAUAAGUGACAUUGAAUUCUUUCAUAAGUAAUGGAUAGCCAGGCACCGUUCGAUGAUCUGCUUGUGGACAUUGUAGACAAUGCCUGGCGUAUGGAAGUUCUGCCUUUCGAUCAGAUACUAGUGCCACUCGAAAAGCUCCCCGAUCCGGAGGCCGAUGGUGGUGAUUCACAUUUGACUCUAAGCGAGCAGGAACAAAAGUGGACUGAUUUGGCGCUGGGUUCGCUGGCACCCGAUUCAGCACUGAUCGAUCAACUUAAUAUUACAUCCAUCUAACCAAGGACGAACAGUCCGCGGGCGAGCACCAACUCGCCCACCUUUCUAGCCCCCCCAAGUUUUAUACUAAACACAAACACCCCACCAGCAUGAA